AAGUCUUUAUGAUAUUAGAGCCAACGGUGAGCUAAGAGAGAUAUUUUCUUUUCAACCGUAUCCGCCAUCCGCCACUUCAAACACUUCUAGUUCUUCCCUUUCCUCCACAUAAUAUGAAGAUUACCCCUAUCCGGUGACACAAAAUGUCUCUAAUUUUGUGUCACUUUGUCUCUCUUCUAUCAAUUUCCUUUUAUGGAAAAGACAGAGAGUUAUGACCUCCAAGGGUUCAUCAAUGGUGAAAUCAUGCCGCCACCAUGGUUUAUUCGUGAUGGUGAGUCUGAUCCACAACCAAAUCUAGCAUUUGUCAAAUGGUGUAAAUCUGACCAAUAUGGUAAAAGGAUGUCUCUUUGCCACUCUUUUUGAAUAAGUCCUCGGCAUUGUUGUCGGACUUAACACUACAGUUGAAGUUUGGAAUGUCUUCGUACAUGCCUUCGCUUGGGUUUCCUUUGAUUGCAUUCUUGCUCUUAAACAACGACUUACAACCAUGACUAGAGGGACCGACACCUUGGCAGCAUAUUUGCGCGGGUUUAAGUCUGUUUGUGAUGACUUAGCUGCAAUUGGAAAGCUCGUUGCUGACCAUAAAAAAUCUUGGUGGCUCCUUCAUGGUCUUGGCAAGGACUAUGAGAUAUUCACAACGAUGAUGCUUCGUCCUCCCAUUCUGUCAUAUUCGGAAGUUGUUAAACUGUUGGAGAGCUAUGCUCAUCACCUUCACCUUGAUGGUUAAUCGACUCCCUUGAUGGCCUUCUUACUAUCUUUAUUUCUCAAGAUCUGUGGGAUAUAAUUGAAGAUGGCUAUAAAGAACCACUUGGUGACCCUUCAACUUGGACACAAGCACAGAAAAAGCAACACAAGGAGAACACACCGAAGGAUGCAAGUGCCCUGAGAUUGAUACUUCAAAGAGGUAAGUAAAUCCAUAUUUCCCAAAAUUUUUAGAGUGAAGAAAGCAAAAGAAGCGUGGGAAAUUCUGUAAAUGGAGUUUAAAGGGAAUGACAAAGCCAUCUCUAUUAAGCUUCAAACAUUAUGGACACAUUUUGAUAAUUUUUUGAUGAAGGAAGGUGAAAGUAUCAAAGAUUAUUUUUCUAGAGUGUCUGAAAUAGUUAAUCAAAUUCAAAGCUGCGGUGACACUAUUCAAGAGAAAAAAAUUGUUGAAAAGAUUCUUAGAAGUUUGACACAAAAAUUUGAACAUGUUGUUCCAACAAUUGAAGAAUCUAAAGAUUUAUCAAAACUCUCCAAGUAUGAACUAAUGGGGUCUCUUGAGACUCAUGAGAAAAGAAUGAGCAGAUUUUCAAGUCGAUCUUUGGAGCAGACAUUUCAAUCUACAAUCAACAUAUUAGAGAAGAAUUUUUCAAAGCAGAAUAAGAUCAAAGAGAGGGCUCGUCUCAAAGAAGGGGAAGGGAACCAUAUGGAAGAGGUCAUGGGAACUAGAACUCAGGCUGUGGUAGAGGCAGAGGAAGAAGAGCAAUUUUUCAGCAAAGAUCUGGUAACUCUAUUUCCCAUUGUUAUGUUUGUAAGAAGCCUAGUCAUGAAUCUAAAUAUUGUAAAUGGAAGUGCACUAAAUGCAAAGUACCAAAUCAUUGACAAAGAGAUUGUUGGUACUAAGAUAAAGAUAAAAAGGAAGCUAGUGAAUUUCACAAAGGAAGAUGCUGCAGAAAAACUAUUUUAUUCUUGCAUGAAUGUUGAGUACAACUCACAAAAUGUUUGGUACUUGGAUAGUGGCUGCAGUAACCAUAUGACAGGAAAUCGAGAAAUCUUUGUGAAGCUAUAUGGCAAUUACUCAUCUCAAGUAAAGCUUGGAGAUGGGAAACCCAAAAAUGUUGAAGGAAAAGGAAUUGUCUCUAUCUUCAUGAAAGGAGUUUCAAGCUCUUGCAGAAAGACAAAGCAGCUACAAAUUGAAGAUGUUCAGAAUCGAUCGAGGAGGAGAGUAUAUCUACAAGCUUUUUCUCUCUUACUGCAGGCAAAAUGGAAUUCAAAGGCAGUUUCCAAUUUGGCACACACCCUAGCAAAAUGGCUUGGCGGAAAGAAAAAAUCGGACCAUAGUAGAAAUGGCAAGGAACAUGCUUAAAGGAAAAGGACUUCCGAAUAAAUUCUGGGCUGAAGCUAUAAAUUCAGCAGUGUACAUUCUCAAUCGAUAUCCAACAAAGACAGUUCAAAACAAGACUCCAUUUGAAGCAUGGAAUAAGCAAACGCUGCAGGUCAAUCAACUUAAGAGUCUUUGGGUGUAUUGCAUAUGCUUUUAUUCCUUCUCAAGAGUGGGAAAAUUUUGAUGUAAACGGGGAAAAUUUUAUCUUCAUUGACUACACUGAUGAAUCAAAGGAUUAUCGACUCUUUAACCCAAAGAAAAAUCAUCUCAUAAUGUCAAGAGAUGUUGUUUUUGAUGAGAUGACAGCAUGGAAAUGGGAUGUGAAUUCAUCAUUAGCACCAAAAUUAUUUGAGAUUCCUGAACCAACAACAUUUAAUGGAAAUUUCUAUCCAUCAGCAAGUCAAAACACAAGUUCCAGUUCCAGUCCAGCAGCUAGCCCAUCAAGACCUUCAGGCUCAUCCUCAUCAGAAGAGGUUUCUUCAGAAUCAAAAUCUCCACCAAGGAAGGUUCGACCCUUAAUUGAUUUUUAUCAAUCUUGUAAUGUUGUUUUCUUUGCUUAUGAACCGCAAAAUUUUGAAGAAA